AUGGGAAGCACCAAUAACGGGGUGCAUUGGCCAGCAAAGCGCUUACCGCUUAACCGCGAUGGGAACUCCGCCAGCGAUAGCCGCCAGGUCGGGGAACCAUUAUCGUCUCCGCGCCCGCUCGAGCCAGGCGAGCACCCUACUGAAGAGACUCUAAGCUCGCCUCUGAGCUCCUUUAGUCGCCCGCACGAUCUCCGCCAGGGUGCGGCUCGUGGCACGCGAAGUGCGCGUCGCAAAGAGAUUGUCUCCGCUUUUACCUGGGAGGCCCUGACCAUUGGGAAAGCUAGAACCGGGGAGCUUGCAACCUCAUCCGGAAACAGUAAAGGUCCGCGACAGCUCCCAAUUGCUGUGGCACCUCCCAAUACACCUCCAUCCAAGAUGUCACGGAAUCGUCCUAGGGGGCCUCCACUGCCUAGAGACAAUGGUCUGGCGGCCAAUGAGGAAACUGAUAUGUGGAAUAAGAUCCUCCAGGAUCUACGAAAGGCAAAGGAGAAGAAUGAUAAGCAGAAGUCCCUAGCUGAGCAGAUAUCUGCUUUGAAUGAGAAGAUUGGCAAAGAUGGUGGGAGUAAGUAUCUCCCCUCUUAUCCCUGUUUUUGUUUAUUUUACAUCGGCUGCCUCGGGGAAAGAGUAUAUCUGGGUCUCCGCUAUUAUGACUCGGCCCCUUGGCAUUCAGGUGAUACCAUGCUAUCAAGAAUCAUGGUGGCAUCAUCCAUCCCAAUUUGUCAGCCUGUUUGCCAGUCUAGUGCCCUGUGGGCUUGCUAG